UAAAUAUACAGUAGGAGAGAGAAUGUAACUGCUGUUCCUUUAAUACCGAGCUGAGCACGCUACAAUAGGUGUCACUGUUUGGUUUGGGCCAAUCCUGAUUGGUGGCUUCAGCUAUUGGCUGGGAGCGCUGGCUGUCUGACUCGUCUGCAGGCCCUGUAAUACCUACUCUGCUCUCUCCGAUCCAUUCACCACACAACUUCGCCGGCCGCACAGACUCGCUGGGCUCCGCACAUCUUGCUAACCUAAUUCAGAAAGCAAGCGCCUCAGCUGUCUGCGGCUUGCCUCCUUCGCGCAGCAUAGGCUUUCUAGGCGAUCCAGAACACGGCUGUCUUUAUGAGCAAGUAAGAAAAACAGGAAUCAUGAUGGGAAUGUAUUUAACAGAUCCGGUCCUGGAUAAAACUUAAAGACAGUUUCUCUUCAACAUAGUGAAAAGGUCACCUUGCCUGGCUGGGAAAAGCAGGAAAAUACCAGCUUGUCGGUUUUCUUUUAACAUCUUAGCUCUGGCUAGCCUCUUUGCCUUGAUGUUCGAGCAAAUUUGGAAUAUCUAGCCCCAAAGAGAGACAUCCUGUACUCAUGGUAGAUGAUAAAGAAAAGAACAUGAAAUGUCUCACCUUCUUCUUGAUGCUUCCAGAGACAGUAAAGAACAGGUCUAAGAAAGGCUCAAAGAAAGCAAGCAGCGGCAGCGGCAGCAGCAGCAGCAGCAGUGGUGGUGGUGGUGGCAGCAGCGGCGGCAGCAGCAGCAAGUUGCCCCCAGUUUGUUAUGAAAUAAUUACCUUGAAAACUAAAAAGAAGAAGAAGAUGGCUGCUGAUAUAUUCCCCCGUAAGAAGCCAGCCAACUCCAGCAGCACCACUGUCCAGCAGCAGCACCAGCACAAUCUCUGUAACAACAACCUCAUCCCGGCCCCCAACUGGCAGGGUCUUUAUCCUACCAUCAGAGAAAGAAAUGCGGUGAUGUUCAAUAAUGACUUGAUGGCAGAUGUACAUUUUGUGGUUGGGCCACCAGGUGGGACUCAGCGGUUGCCAGGACACAAAUAUGUCUUAGCUGUUGGGAGCUCAGUGUUCCAUGCAAUGUUUUAUGGAGAACUUGCUGAGGACAAAGAUGAAAUCCGGAUCCCAGACGUCGAACCUGCUGCCUUCCUGGCCAUGCUGAAAUACAUCUAUUGUGAUGAAAUUGACUUGGCUGCAGACACGGUGCUGGCCACACUGUAUGCUGCCAAAAAGUACAUAGUUCCUCACCUUGCCAGAGCCUGUGUGAAUUUCCUGGAGACCAGCCUGAGUGCCAAGAACGCCUGCGUACUUCUCUCUCAGAGCUGUCUGUUUGAGGAGCCGGACCUGACGCAGCGCUGCUGGGAGGUGAUUGAUGCCCAAGCUGAGUUAGCUCUCAAGUCCGAGGGAUUCUGUGACAUCGACUUCCAGACACUCGAAAGUAUCCUCCGCAGGGAAACGCUGAAUGCCAAAGAGAUAGUGGUUUUUGAGGCAGCCCUGAACUGGGCUGAAGUAGAGUGCCAGCGGCAAGACCUGGCCUUGAGCAUCGAAAAUAAGCGCAAAGUGCUAGGGAAGGCCCUGUACCUGAUCCGCAUCCCCACGAUGGCCCUGGAUGACUUUGCAAAUGGCGCUGCACAGUCUGGUGUAUUAACUCUCAACGAGACAAACGACAUCUUUCUCUGGUACACAGCGUCCAAAAAACCGGAGCUGCAGUUUGUGAGUAAAGCCCGAAAGGGCCUGGUCCCCCAGCGUUGUCAUCGGUUCCAGUCAUGUGCCUAUCGGAGCAACCAGUGGCGCUACCGGGGUCGCUGUGACAGCAUCCAGUUUGCAGUUGAUAAGAGGGUGUUCAUUGCAGGCUUCGGGCUGUAUGGCUCCAGCUGUGGCUCUGCAGAGUACAGCGCUAAGAUUGAACUCAAACGGCAGGGUGUGGUCCUGGGCCAGAACUUGAGCAAGUACUUCUCUGACGGAUCGAGCAACACCUUCCCUGUCUGGUUUGAAUACCCAGUGCAGAUUGAACCAGACACCUUCUACACAGCCAGUGUGGUGCUGGACGGCAAUGAACUCAGCUACUUUGGACAAGAAGGCAUGACGGAAGUUCAGUGUGGCAAGGUGACUGUCCAGUUCCAGUGCUCCUCAGACAGUACCAAUGGCACUGGUGUACAGGGAGGGCAGAUCCCCGAACUCAUAUUCUAUGCUUGAACCUUCCUUUCCUUAUGCAGCACGAGGCGCCCGCAUGGGCCCUCCUUGCCUGACGCUUAGCUCAUCUGCAGAUAUGUGGUCAGCACAGGUAAUUUGUAAUGAAUGAAGCAGUAGACAGUUUCUAAUGUCUUUGAACCUUUUAAUUAUGUACAGGCUAAAAUGCAACAUUCCGCUUCUAACUAUAUGCUUAGAGGAGCCAAGUUCUUACUCAGGCUUUGUGGUUUUAGAGUUGCGUCUGUACGCCUAGGGAGAUCAUGUGCUUUUCCAAGUGCCCACCAACCUCCCACUUUGUACCUCUGAAGAAGAUUUUGGAUCAACUUGAAUUUCCUUUGAUGAAUGGAAACAUGUAUUCUAAAGUAGUAUCAGUUAUUUUUAAACAGAACCCCUUCCUUAAAAAAAAAACAAUCAAAACAAACACAUCAGGUAAGCCUCAGUGUACAAAUUUGAAAAGAUUUGCUUUGGAACAAGUCAACUUAGAAAGUAGAGGUAGGCCAAUAGUCCUGCUUGACUCUGCUCUUCCAUAUUUGCUGUGGCUUCCCGGCCUUGCUUUUAGAUUCCUUGUAUCUUAGGUUCACAUGUGUUGCACACUAACAGUUGACACUAUUGGGGUGAGGACUUGGGUGUUUGUGUAGGUCCUGACUUCUGCUAGAAAGCAGACUUAGAUACUUCCAGCGUAGAAGACACGAUGCAAGAAUGCAGACACUUCUUUCCGAAGUGAUGAAGU